CAAAGCAGCAGCUUCCUCUUAGAAUUCCAGGUUCUUGAUAUUUUCAACGUCUGUUCUUAAUUCUAAAACUGUUUAUGUUUAAAUACUGUCUCAUAUCAGAACUGUGUUGCACAAGGUAGAAACUUUUUUUGGGGGGUGGGGGCAAAUCUUUUAUUUUUUUUUUUGUCUUGAUUGUCAUAGUAAACAAAUGGUACUAAAUCAUGCAGCUUUCGCUUCGACGGUAUCAAGAUUAGCGACAAUUGCCGAAUGACAGAUCAUGGUGAUGGAGGCAAAGGAUGGAUUGAGGAUUAAUUUAAUCUAAACACACACAUAGUCGUCAGUAUCUUCUGAGAAGGAGACAGGUCCUGCUUCCAAGCCCAGACCCACGUGCCUCAAACUUGUGUUGAUCUAAAAGGGGGCUUGUUUGCAGUGUCUCCAGGUAACAACAGAUGAGAGUGAAAAUAGCAAGAAAUAACAAGCGGUUUAUGGUGGAGCUAAUGGGACUUUACAACUGUUUUUUGCAACUAAAAACAUUAUUCAAUAUUGUGUGUUUGGUGAAGACUUUCAACAACAGCCUGAAGCAUAUGCCUUCUCCUCUGGUUUUUGUGUGGGGAACACACACAGCAUGAAUUCUUACAGCUAAUCUCGCAGCACUUCUAAGUCAUGCCCUACCUUGCGGACACUACUAAUUUACAAUUUGCCAGUUUUUGGUUAGGUACAGUGGGAUGGAUCUUGGUAGCAGUAGCAGCCGGACUCGUAGAGUGGAGAAUAUGGUACGUGGCAGACCGAACCAUCAUAACCGCUGGGGUGGCCUGGGUUGGCAUUUGGCAGACUUGUUUCUUCAGUGACCGGCUGGUGUCUCCUGGGUUGCAGUUGAUGUACUGUCAGCAUAUCAGCAUGUUCGACACCUUUGCCCCAGUGGAAAUAUAUGUCUCUCAAGUUCUCAUGGUGCUGGGCAUACUCGCCGGAGCUUUCGGAAAAGCUGUUUCUGUUUACACUUUUAGAAACAUUUUCUUCAGAUUGAAUGAGGCCAGAUCCCUAAGGAUUACUUUUUCAUUUGGCGGGGCUCUGUAUAUUUUCUCUAGUGUGUGUGUUGUAAUUUCUGUUGGCUGGAAUAUGAACUCUGUGCUGAGAAACCACACAAUAGACUUCCCAGCCAACUUUUACAUGCCCUCUUCUCCCUCAACCCAAGAGGUUGGCUCUGCUAUUUAUGUUGGAAUCUCAGCUGCUAUUCUGCUGAUGUUCAGUGGGAUUGUGUUUCUCUGCUACACGUUUCCAGAAAGACAUGGUCCCAAAAUCCGUCUAGGGGAUCGCUUAGAGUCCAUCAGUGUGAGUUCAUUUAACACUUCCCACUCCAGAUAUACUCCGUCCGCAGUUAGUCGUGAUGAUCAAAGCUCUCAUGAACAUGCCAUGGACAAUCCAGCUUUUCAGUCCCAUGAGAAUAUAUCAGUUUUUUAGGGCAGAAUGAGGUCUAUGCACUGCAUUUCAGUAGUCAUGCACUGCACUAAUCAUGCAACUAGCGUACUAUAACGUACUUUUAAAAUAUACAUCAAUAAAUGCAAAACACACAAAAAAAUUCUGGUGUUGAUAUAGUUGGGCCCUUGAGUUAAUAAUAUAAAUGCCAAAAAUCGAGAGCCCUGAUUUAAUAUUUUAAACACUUGUCAGUACAUUUUUUUCCUAAUCUGUGUUUUUCAGUUGCUAUCUGUCCCUUCUCAAUAGAUUUGUCAAUAAAAAAUGGUGUUAGAAUUUCUGUCAUUCCAAGGCAGCCAGGAAAACUGCUUCCAGUUCAGGGGCCUUCUUGAAAACUAAGACAAGACACAUAGAGACUGUGAGACACUACAGAAAUUCAAACACCACCCUGAGCAAAUCAAAGCAGCUUAUUGUAAAAUUAAGGAGAUGUUUCAAGUUCAACUGUCUUCCAAAUCUGUUUCUUUGUAAAUGUCAAGAAUGUAUUCUAGUUUUGAUGCAUCCUUGUUACAUAUGUAAUUAUACACCUAUAUGUUUACAAUUUUCAAGAACAUUAAUGAGUUUUCAUGGAGAGCAGAACAGUGGGCUUUGAAACCUCCACUCUGUGGUGUAGCUUUGACAUUAAAAUCAACUUUUAAAAAAUUGAUUUAACUUACUAACUUAAUUUAUUUUUGUGAAAGAUCAGUAAUCUAUGCUGUCUUGGAUUUGGAAUUCACUUCUGUCAGAAAGACUAUCUUGCAAAUCUUGAUUGAAACCAACUUCUGAAAUGCAGAUGCUGCAUUUAUGUAUCAUAAAAUACAUCCCACCAAUGCAAAUGUUUAAAUGACUCUUAUAUGAUGCACACUAUUAUUCAUUGCUGUUUUUUUUUUUCUUUUUUAACCACACACCUUUAGUGUUAUACAGUAAUAGGCUUAUUUGGUUUGAUCUGAAGGAUUAGCAGUGUUUUGCCAAAAGUCUGUGUGUUAUAAGCAGUGCCGCCCACCGAUGGGCUGGCAACCUGGGCCCGGAUUGGACGAUUUAUUUUUUUACAGCUGAGAGAAAAACAUUAAUGCCCUGGGAGGCUGACUUAAAAACUUGUCCCAGGCUUGAAACAUUUCUGUGGGCAGCACUGGCUAUAAAUCAGUAAUUUGUGGGUCUUUGGACACUGUACUUUGCGCUGAGAUUAUUAUUAUUAUUAUUUAUUUCUUAGCAGACGCCCUUAUCCAGGGCGACUUACAAUUGUUACAAGAUAUCACAUUAUUUUUACAUACAAUUACAUUAUUUAUUUUUUUACACAUUAUUUUUUACAUACAAUUGCCCAUUUAUACAGUUGGGUUUUUACUGGAGCAAUCUAGGUAAAGUACCUUGCUCAAGGGUACAGCAACAGUGACCCCAACCGGGGAUUGAGCCCACGACCCUAUGGUCAAGAGUCCAGAGCCCCUAACCACUACUCCACACUGCUGCAGAUGUAGAUUACACAAUGUAGAUUACACUUAAUGAAGACCUGGUUCACAAAUGUUCUUUCCACCAGUUGAUUUUGAACACUCCAUCGUUAAUGUAGUACUUCACAUGUUUGCAAUAAAGGUACUAUCAAAAUGUAUGAUUACCAAUAUUUUAGACUAUUUUUUAACGGCAAUAAAACUGCGUAGAAAUGAAUCACCAAAACUGAAAAAAUAGGAAUUACAAAAGGAAUACUGUUUAAUCUUCCUUAAUAUAAGCACAAGCAUUAGCCUAUGCACAAUACGCAGAGAAACUUUCAGAUUGUCAGGAGACGCUUUCUCAUUAUCAUUAAUUGAUACUGAAAAACAUAUCAUUGAUUGGUACUGAAAAACUACAUAGACAAGGCAGGAAAUAUCAUCAUACAAUUAACAUGUUUUAAACCAGUUCUUUUCUGUUUUAAGUGAUACCUUUCGGCUUAAAACAUGUUAAAAAGGAAAUUUGGAGAUAAAACUAUUUGGAGAAACUUAAAGGGAUCGACCCCACCCCCAGCCCCCCAGUAAUUCCAGCCCUGACAUUUGCCUCUUUUGCUGAAGGAAAAACACAUGUUUUUAUCAAUGUGUUGUUUUUGUUCUAUAAACUAAUAGCUGUGAUAAAGUAAAAUACUCAUAAAAUACCUUGUAUAGAUAUCACACGUAUGCAACAGAUAACAUUCAUCUUAAAUAUGAGUACUCCAUAUUCUCUAUUUUUUUUACAAACUUUGCAGGAUAAAAUAUACUUCUUCUAUAACACAUUUAACACAGAAAUAAAAAUAAGGGAUCACUAAAUUAAAAAGAGAUUUAUCCUGCCUCUAAGUCAUCUUAUUUAGCUAAUUUUUAAUGAAGAAAGGUAAAAUUGUUUUAAACUAUUUUUGUAUCACAUACAGUACUCAAUGUACAUUUUUUUAAAUAAAUUAAAUUAGCACCGGGGGACCUGAAACUAUUGUAUUUCAUUAUUGAUAAAAACAACAUAAAAUGCAUACUUAAAGAAAUACAAAAAAUUCUGAAACUUGUAAAAUAUUUUUACAACAUGAAUUUCACUAGUUCACAAAUUAUUUUUAUAUGUUUCUUAGAGGGUUACCUGUGGUGAACUGAAAGUGAAUAUAGACUUAUUUCAAUAGAAAAUAUGUUUUCAAAUACAUUUGUCAUAUUUUACAGCCCCUCCUAUUGUUGUGAUGGGCUAUUUUGAUGAAUAAAGUGUUCAAACCACGACACGCUCCAGCGCACUGCAUUGUAAAUGCGUUUUACUGUAUUUAAUCCUGUACUUUAGAGUACUGUAAUCUGUCACAAGUGUUAUUUAAUCUGUAGUAUUUUGUAUUUAAUUAUAUCCUGAUGUAACUAUCACUGACACUGUUAUCUGCUCCGUUACUGAAUCAUAUUUUGUCAUAUACUUGUACUUGCUAGAACCAAAGUCAUUGUAUUUUAUCUUGCUCUUAAUUGUAUUAAUACUUGUACUGUGAUUCUUGAAAUGUAUUUUUGUUUACGACUGUAAGUCGCCCGGGAUAACGGUGUCUGCUAAGAAAUAAAUAAUAAUAAUAAUAAUAAUAAUAAUAAACAUGACAGCGUUGAUUUCAGCAAUCGCCUAUAGCUAACAUGAAGCAAAGUCGUUUGCACGCAGAUAUACAAAUAUCAUGGAUGAAGGAAAUAAUUCCAACACAAUACAAUGGUACCUGUAUGAGCCAUUAUUGUUACAGUAGUCUAACCUCUUCGGGCAGCGAGAGUGAUGAUUCAGACGAGGAUAGCUGCCAGUUUUAGCAGCAUGGAUAAACCCACCUGCAAUUCUCUGUGAUUGGUUGCAAAUAUGAAAGUUGACUGUUCAGUAAUGCUCCAGAUUUGCAUGGCGCUGUACGGCUGUUUUUUAAUGCUACUGGUUGUCCAACCUUCCCUUCAGUCACAUCAAGUGUCUUUGUACUGUAAUAAGUUAGAUAUGGUAGUAACACAGCAGCCUGCAUGAAAAUACAAUAUUCGGUUCUGGGGACACUGGGACCAGUGUUUCAAAUGUGGGACUGUCCCGUCCAAAACGGGACGUCUGGUCACCUUACAUUAUCACCCCCUGCCCUUCUUUCCAUCACAUGCCUGCCUGUGAUAGAGAGAGAAAGGAUCGAUCCUGAUUAGAAAGGGCGCUGUGUAAGGGGGAAGGUAAGCUGCCUCCUAGAUCUGCCACCUCGAUGGUAGGUGGAAACCGGUAGGUAACCAUAUUAGGAGGGGCACGUAGCUGCAAGUACUCAGGACGAUUCCAUUGCAGUCAGCUGCGGGGCAGCCCUCUAUUGGAGAAACCAGGCGACGCGUUGAUUGCAGGGAGGAGUUUUCUGGGUACAAAGGGGAAGCAGCUAUGUCAGUACCUCCCCUUGCGCUGAGACAAUAAUUGACCGGCCGGAGCUGGUGUAUGUUUGUUUGUUUUGUUACGUGUUUUUGUGUUUUCGUAGAGGAGCAGGAGGACAGGAGGCUGUCGCUACAGAGCCAGCACUAACCCCAGAGCACGCCCCUCAUCGCACAGCACAACACAGCACAGCGCACGCACCACAGUCCCCUUUGGAAAGAGCACAGUUUUGUGCACGGAGGAUUGUGGUUAAGGAGUGUCUUUUUGUUUGUUAUUUUUGGAACGUGGACCUUGUUUUGUUUUGCCCCGAUUACCAUCGCUGGUAUCGGGGUGUAUUAUUUUUCUGUUUGGAUUAUUUUUGUGAAUAUUUCUGUUUUGUUUGGAUUAUUAAAUUACUUGUUUUGGGAGAAUAUGUUUGGACAUUUGCAGUCUUUUGCACCACAUCAUUCAUCCUGUCACACUGCCGCAGUUGUGUUUGCCAGGAGAAGGGAGCUGAUGAUGUGCGCAGACUGGCAGUGGCAGGCACGUGGUGGGGAGUGUUCCAUUGUUGAGUACUUAGAGUUGUUACAGAGUCAAAGGGUUAAUUGUUGCCAAAUGCAGUACAGUAGCGCAAAUAGAGCAGCGCUUUACUUACACUUAGAUCAGCAUUGUGC